AUAGUGCACUUAAAUCUUCAAACCGCUUGCGAAUUCAAAUAAUUCUUGCCGCCACAGAGAUUCGGAGAGAGUCUGCGAGAGAGAGAGAGAGAGAGAGAGAGAGAGAGAGAGAGAGAGAGAGAGAGAGUACGGAAAUGGAUACCAAGAGCCCAGAAACAUGUCCGCACACGGCGAGCAUCCGUAGAAACCCUCACCGGAAGGCCAGGUCUACGCUUUCCACCACCACUGCUCUUCCAAAUCCGCUUUCUUCGAACACUGUUUCUUCUUCAACUCUACCUGACAAUGUCGUUACUUCUUUUCCAAUUGAAGACAUACUCUCUAUCGAAUUCCCUCAAAACCCUAAGCAAGAUCCAUCCACAUCCUCUGUCGAAGCUGAAUCCUCGCAGAAUCUCAAGGUUUUUCUAAGAAUACGCCCCAUCGCACCGCUGCGGAGUUCGGCAACCAACGGCGGCGAUGCUCAGAGUCGCACUUCUCGAGGUAAAAACGCGUGGCCUCAGAGCCGGGCGGCGAAGAACGGCUCGAGGGAUAAGAAGAAGCAGAAGAAGACUGAGGUUUGCAUUACGGUGAACGAUUCUCAGUCCGUGACUCUCACGCCACCUCAGGCGCUGCAGGAUUUAAAGAGAACGAAAUCCGAAGUUUUCAGUGGAUUUUCUCAUGUCUUCCCGGCCGAUUCUUCGCAGAAUGAAGUAUAUGAAAGGAUGGUGAAUCCACUGGUGGAUGAUUUCUUGAGGGGUGUAAGUGGAAUGCUGGCUGCAUUGGGGCCUAGUGGCUCUGGCAAGACUCAUACUGUAUUUGGAAGUCCCAGGGAGCCAGGUAUGGUACCCCUUUUGCUUCGGCAGAUCUUCAAGAGGACUUGGGGGAAUGAAUUGAAUGAUUCUAAGACAUCAAGGUCAUUCUGUAUAUCGAUGUUUGAAAUAUAUUCUGAAGGAGGAAAGGGAGAAAGGCUGUUGGAUUUAUCUCCAGAAGGUGCUGAUUUACAUAUGCAACAGUCAGCAAUAAAAGGUCUUCAAGAGAUCAUCAUAUCUGAUAUUGCACACGCUGAGUCACUAAUAGCACAGGGAAUGCUAAAACGUACUACUGCCAUGACAAAUUCAAACAGCCAGUCAAGCCGCUCACAGUGCAUCAUAAACAUCCACAACAAUCACAACAAUACUGAUGGAGAAAAUGUUCAAUCAAAUAGAGCUGUUUUAACUAUAGUUGACCUUGCUGGAGCAGAAAGAGAGAAGAGAACAGGGAACCAGGGGGCAAGAUUGCUUGAAAGUAAUUUCAUUAACAACACAUCGAUGGUUUUCGGUUUGUGCCUGAGAUCAUUGUUGGAGCACCAGAAGAACCGGAAGAAGCCGUUGCAGAAGCACUUCCAAAAUUCUCUGUUGACCAGGUAUUUACGAGAAUAUUUGGAAGGCAAGAAGCGGAUGGCUUUGAUUUUAACUGUAAAAUCAGGAGAUGAAGACUAUCUUGAUACAUCAUUUCUGUUAAGGCAGGCUUCGCCUUAUAUGAAAAUCAAGUUUAAUAGUGUUGAGGAACCCUCCAAUUUGCUCAGUAAUAAAAGGCAUGUUUCAGUGCCUCCUAGAAGUCAGCAGCCCAAAAGAAUCAAGUUUGGUGGCCUUGAUACUUCAGUGGUUGAAGGGAAGAGGGUUGGAGAUGAAGAGGGAUCUUAUGAAGAAGGGGUUAUUUCAGAGCAACUCACUGAAAGUGGACCUACAGAGAUUGAACCUAGUAAACUUUUGGGUUAUAUGGCCUGCAUUGACUGGAUAGAAAGAGGAGGAAACAGUCAAAUUAUGCCAAAUCUAGCAGAAGUGUUAAGGAAUGCUUUGAAGCAAUAUCAGGAAAAACUUGAGGUAGCUGAAAAUGAAAUCCGGUUUCUCAAAGACAGACUCAAAAAUGAAAGAAUACGAAAUCUUGAGCUGGAACAAGAACUGAGGGAUUUGAAGUCUGGCUGUUCAUGCUAUAAGGUUACUUCAGCAGAGGCGUCUUUGGUUAGAUUUGGUAUUAAUUCUAAAUCCAGUUUUAGCAGAUCACCAGAACUAAAUAGUCAUGGCUCUACUAAAGUUCAUGAGUUAAAUGAGGAACCAGAGGAGUUAAAAUCCAAUCAUUCGUGUUGUGCAGAAGUUUCAGCAGAGGAUUCUUUUGUUAAAUUGGAUACUAGUUCAAAAUGUAGUAGAGUCGAUAGAUUUACAGAGCUGAAAGGACAUGGAUCUGCUAAUGAUCAUGAGACAAAAGUGGAUGUAGAUGUACAUUCUCCUGAUCGUGAGGAAGGUGCAUUAAGAAAGUGCAAUUAUACUGGGGGACAGGAUCAGGGUCCAUUUUUGCAGAGAAGUUUAGUAUUGGAAGGAGCAUACUGUACUGGUGGAUGUGGUCAUAACAUUUUAGUCACAGUAAACUCUGAAGGUUCCUUAAAUUUGAAGGGUUCCAAGCAUGUUGAUGAUGGGGAAAAAUCUGAUGCUCUGGAAAACGCUGAAGGUUCGCCAAGUCUGAAUGGUUCCAGGUAUGUUGAUGAUGAGCGAAAAUCUGAUGACAUGGCAAAUGCUGAAGAUUCUUUAAAUCUGAAUAGUUCCCAGUAUGUUGAUGAUGAGCGCAGAUCUGAUGACAUGGCUGAAGGUUCUUCAAAUCUGAAUAAUUCCAAGUAUGUCGAUGACGAUCAAAAAUUUGAUGCCAUGGUAAAUGCUGAAGGUUCUUCAAAUCUAAAUAGUUCCAAGUAUGUUGAUGAUGAGGGAAAAUCUGAUGCCAUGGUAAAUGCUAAAGGUUCCUCGAAUCUGAAUAUGUGUCAGUAUGUUGAUGAGCAAAAAUGUGAUGCCAAGGUAGAAGCUGAAGGUUCUUCAAAUCUGAAUAGUUCCAAGUGUGUUGAUGAUGAGCAAAAUUCUGAUGCCAUGUGCAUAAAUCUGAAACAUGUUUUCUUUCCUGGAUGUGCUAAUGAUGCUGAAGCGACGAAGUUAUUGAGAACGGAGGACACAUCUAAUGCUCAUGUAGCAGGAACUUGUUCACAGCAUCCCAAGUCUCUGGUCAGGUCUUCUGAGCGACUUGUCAAGGUAGAAGAUGAUACUUGUUUUUCAGUGAAAGAGAAUCAACCGUCCAGGGAAGAUGAUAAGGAAUCAUCGGUCCAGAUCAUACUGCCAAAGGAGCCCAGGGAAGCUGUAGCUCAUCUCCAAGACUGCAAUGGUACUAAUGCACAAGAGAGUGAGCUGAAAGUGAGCUCCUGCAGCAAACCUCUGAAUGUGGAGAAACCGAGAAGGAGACUCUUGCCUGCUUCAUCGAUUUUAGUGAAGAAUAUUAGUGGUUUGGGCUUAGAGGAUGAAGAGGAAAAGCCGAAGGGUAAAAGAGGGGAAAAAAAACUGGCUGCUGAGGAGAGGAACAGAACUCAGGGCAGCACAACUCUCCUUCGGUUGCUCAGAACCAAUCUUCACCUUUAGAAUAUAACGGCAAUCUUCUGUUAUCUGCUUUUGGGAGCAUCAAUUUCUAGAUAUAAAUUUAGAUUUGUACAGAUUUUUGACAAAAUGUAAUGUAAAAUUAUAUUAAAUUUUUUUUAACUUACACAAUUCAAAUUUAAGAUUCAAAAUUCAUCCUCGCAUUUCUGUAGAACUUAUGUACUGCACACGCUGGUAAAUUAAGCGCAGCAGGAUGGAAAUUUGUUUGUCAUAAGUUGGUUAAUCACCAGGGCACAUGAAAUUUAACUGCGCU